AUGCCUGAAGAUCAGAAGAUGAGCGCAGAGCAGACAAGGCCAAAGUCGGCCACUCAAACUGCCCCUCGGCAACAACAGCUUCCUUCAUUAAGCAGUAUCUUUGGACCUCCAGCCACUGGUCGACCAGCACACUCACCUCUUUCCGAACACAACAACAACUCUUACUCUACAUCAACCCCCCGAGAGCGUACCCAUGCACCAUCUGGUGACAGGAACCAUUCGGCAUCUUACUUUCCUCAGACACUGUCGCCUUCUGUAUCACAACCUCGAAGCACAUAUGACAACAAGUUCGAAACAGACCGACAGCCAAUCCAUGCUCUACCUCGAUCUUACUCUGGCUCAGCAUCGCCCAGGUAUCGUGAUGGAGAGCAUUCUCGCCGUGAGUCAGUUGUUGAAGGACAGUCUGGCAGAUGGUCAGUGCAACAGGAGAACCGGACUGAGUACUCCUUGGGAUCGCGAGAUGGAUCUUUCCGACCACCCCAGGAUCAGUUUCGACUCCAGUUCCCCGACAACAAGGAACGUGUGGUUCCCACCUACAGCGGCCAACGGUCACCUCAAGGAUCUCUAAUCCCACCACCAACACCGAGCACCACGGCGACUGACGGUGUUCCCUCAAAAGACGGACUUGGCCCCAAGAUCUGGACUGGAACCCACUUCCUCCCUCGAUUUGUGAGGGCUACCGAAGUACCCGGAGAGGGAAUGUGCUAUUUUUACGACGAUGGUAGUCACUGCAAGACAGUGAUUGACGGAGAAGCAGUAAAUGCCCAUUGGGGUGUCACAAAGGCUGGCAAGCCCAGGAAACGACUUGCUAUUGCUUGUGUAACCUGUCGCGAAAAGAAGAUCAAGUGUGAUCCCGACUUCCCCCGCUGCGUUCAGUGUGAGAAGUUUGGCAGAGUAUGCAAAUUUAAAAAUGCACCUCGAGGAGGGCAUAACACAUCUCCCUCGACACCACCAGCUGAGCUCGACGAUGGUCCAUCAAGGCCUACUCAUAGCGAGAAUGGUUCGCCAGUAUCUCCACGCACCACACUGCGACCAUCUUCGCCUGACACUGGCUCGCACAAGAGACUUCGAGUGGGCUACGAUAGUUAUGUUGCGGGGGAGCCGAUGCACGCAGUCCCUUCUGCUGAGCCUCCGAGACCUCAAAUGCCGAUACAACCCCCAGCUAUCGAGCUGCCUCGAAUCGCCGAAGAGGUCCUUAACCAAGCUUGGCGAACUGACCCCUGCCUGUCUGACCCGCAGUCUAUCCGUUCAGUCAUCUCUCAUUUCUUUGUUCAUCUUGAUAGCACCAUGAUCGUGCGCUUUAUCCCCGAGAACGUUUUCAAGACAUGGGUUAUGAACCCGGGACUUCGGAAGUCUCCUGAGGAUUUGAUGCUUCUGUACAGUAUCCUCGCUGUAGGAGUUGCUCUAUCCGGAGGACCCAAGGCCAUCGCUUUCGAAUAUGCAUCCGUCGCUCACUACGCACAAAAGUCGACAACAUCCAGCUGCAUUCAGUUGGUCCAGACGAGAAUUCUACUCGCACUAUACUAUAUUUCUAUCUCCCGUUCUGCUGAGGCUAGUGAGAUGGUUUCUGCAGCUGUUGCGACAGCCGCUUGCCUCAAGCUCCAUGUCGAGAUCGAGGAGUCGAGGGAAGCCGGUCUCGCCAUAUUCCCUUUCGGCAUGAACAAGGCAGGAUACUGUGAAGCCCGGAGACGAACUUUCUGGUCUCUUUACAUGCUGGAGCGACUUGAUGGCCGCUUCCCUGACCGCUUUGCCAUGAUCAAUGCCGAAGACAUCUACACCCGCUUGCCUGCAGACUCUCACAGUUUUGAGCGCGAAUUAGACGGAUACGCCCCAAUCUUCAACCCCUACGUCUCGAGCUUCACGACAGUGCAUGAUCGUGAACUGGGCAUUUCAGCUUAUUUGAUUGAGAUGGUCCAUUUGUGGUCUAGUGAUGUGUGUCGGAUUUACAGGAUGGCCCGUCGCUCCAAUUUUGCGGAAACAGACCUAAACUCAUCUCAAAGAAUUUUGAAGCGCAUACAAGAAUGGCGCAACGCCUUGCCUUCUCGCCUGGCUUUUACCGCAUCAAACCUUGAAUCCGCGGCACUGGCAGGAGAACUCGGUCCUUUCCUGACCAUGCAUCUUUUAUACAACCACGCCAUCAUCAAGCUCAACCGACACACUACCGCGACCGGACGCUACUCACCCCAGACCGCUUCGCUUCACAUCCAGACAUGCUACGAGCACGCAACACAGGUCUUGGACAUGGCCAAGGCUCUUGUGCGACUCCACCGUGGGGGCCAGACAGUCUUGAGCGCUCCGGCACCAGUUCUCGCAAUGGUACUGACAGAAGCUGUCGAUGUCUUCACCGCGAGUGGUCGUCUAUCUCAUGUCAACGACAUCAUUGAGAAUGUACACAUGGUUCAAGGCGUUGUUCAGGCCAUGUUCGCCAUCUGGGACAAUGUGCGCAACGCACAAGAGGCUAUUGAUGGCCGCAUUGGAAUGCUGCACCGCAUUCGAGACCGUGGCAGUCAACCUGUCAACCCAGUCGAAGGCUACCGCGUCUUCUACAGUUCUGAGGGACGCGAAGAUGAAAAGGUUCUUCGCUGGCAAAUCAACAACCCAAUGGAGAAGCUGUACCCCAGGGAUAUGGAUACCAUUUACUCUACACUUUUUUGA